AUGUCCUCCGAGUCGAAAAAGAAAAAGGCAGGACUCGGUGGAAAAUUGAAACCGUCCGAGUCGGAGACUAGUAUGAAGACAAAAGAACAACAACAGAAGAAAAAAGAUGCUCAAAACAGUGCAAAGGUGGUCCGUCUCCUCGGAAACCGAAGUGUCUACCAUGUUCCAGUAGAAGAUUUCGUUCGAGUCUCUCAACUUUACAAACAACAACAAGCUUCUGGAAAUAUGAUGAUGACUGCCGACUUGCAUCUUUACAGCGAUCAAUCCAUAAUUGCUUUCGUCAAUUUCAUUCAGAAUCGAGAGAUAAAAUCGGCGUUGACUUAUCAUGCAAUUGCUGAAUUGGUCCAGCUGGCACAUACUUUUCAGAUGAAGGAUUUGAAGUUUUGUUUAGAGGAUUGUAUGGUCGAAGCAGCCAAGUCUUCGGAAGCAGAUCUCCUCCAGGCAUUGCUCAUCUGUGACGUGGCACAUGUCAACCCUGAUACUGAGAAAUCUCUCCAAAAUCUUGCAAUUGAAACAAUCGACAAACUGGUCACUCUUCCGGAUUUCCACAAAAUUCCAUUCCAUCAACUGUUUCAAAUUUUAUCGAGUUGUGAACUGCCAAUCACUCAUGAAAUGUUUGUGGCCGAUGUCGUCUUACUGUGGUUGAACGGACAGAAUCAUGUGAAUCCAUUCGCACCUGCUUUGUUGUCUUGUAUCCGUGCUAAAUUCUUGAGUCCCGUCGAUCGUACCAUCAUUACUGAACGUCUUAACCAGCUGAACAUGCCAUAUAAACUUGUUCGUCUUGCCACCAGAAUGCUCGAGUCACCAAGCAACCAACGUGUUUGUUUGGAACCGGGUCACAUCCGAAAGAACUUGGCUAGGUGCGGUGCCAACGUGAAUCCUGCUUCGUUCAAUUCUCACACUUCACUUCCGUUGAGUCGUCCGACUUUCAAUAUGAAGAUGAAAAAAUCGAAAGAACCGAAAGCAAGACCAGCAUUCGAUCCUUCAACCGCACCUCGUGUCAUCGACUUGAUUAACUCGCAUCCGAAACCCAUACAAGUCGAGAAGACUGUUCCGAAGAAGGAGAUGAAAAAGAAACAAAAAGACGCGAAAUCGAAGAAAACGCCAAUCAAGAAGACGAAGAAGAGUAGAUGUGCGUGUUUGGAUUAUGUGAAGAGUAAGAUUAGUAAGAAGAAUUAUAAGAAGGGACCAGCGUUCAAAGAUCCGAACGCAGUGAAAGUUCCACCACCAGGAAAUAGUAGCAAGAAUUUGACCAGCACCAAGUCGUCGAUUACUUCCAAGAUGUCUUCGUCAUCGAAAACUAAUCCUAAUUCCAGCAAACUGGAUAAAUCUUUGGAGAAGCGUCGAGCUCGUAAGAGGGGAAAAAUUCAGGGAGCAAUCAAAACGUCGAAGUCGAAUACGGAAUUGAAUAGUUCGAAAAGCAAAAGUGUCGGGAGAAACGGAAGUAGCAUGAGCAAGAGCAUGAGUUCUCGAAAAAGCACUUUUUGA